CCGUAAGAAAGAAAGAAAGAUGAAGUAGUAUCAACAAUGGCGGCCAUCAAUUUAUAUAGCUGAGCCUUCCCCUUCAUCGUUUCCCACACGGCUAUUAUCCCCCCCCCCUAUCCACUCCAAAUGGCCGCAACCCUAAGCACGCCUGCUACUAACAUUUUUCAAACACAUUUUUUCUCACCCGACCCGAAUUCCCCGUCGUCGUCUUCGUCCCAAACCCGUCCCGGAUUCAUCAAUUUUAGGAAGACCCGUUUGGGAUUCCGGCCGAAGUGGGCGGCCGGAGGUCGUUUGGCGCCGUUAGUUGGGCGAAUCGGUGGUGGCGGCGAUGGUAUUGAUGGAACGGAGAAGCGGCGGAGGAGUAGAGGAGGACCAGGGGAAGUGAGGGGUGCGGCGGAGGGGAUAGAGGCGGCGUUUCUGGGGAGGGCCGCCGCCGCCGCGGAUGAACCGAGAUUGGCGAUGCCGGAGAGGUUCAAGGUGGUGGCGCUGAUGGGCUGCGUGAUGGCGUUGUGCAAUGCGGAUAGGGUCGUCAUGUCGGUCGCCGUCGUCCCGUUGGCUGCUAAAUACGGCUGGACUAAUUCCUUUUUGGGAGUCGUUCAGUCAUCAUUCCUGUGGGGAUACAUAUUUUCGUCCGUGAUUGGAGGAGCAUUGGUGGACAAAUAUGGAGGAAAGAAAGCCAUUGCUUGGGGUGCUGCCCUUUGGUCAGUGGCCACUCUUCUCACUCCAUGGGCAGCAAACCACUCCACACUCUCUCUCUUAGCCGUUCGCGCUUUCUUCGGGUUUGCCGAAGGGGUAGCCCUACCCUCCAUGAACACCCUUUUGUCCAGGUGGUUUCCAAGUGACGAACGGGCUACGGCGGUGGGAAUAUCCAUGGGAGGAUUCCAUCUUGGGAAUGUGGUGGGACUAAUGCUAGCCCCUUUGGCAAUGUCAUCAAUGGGGAUUUCUGGGCCUUUUGUCCUGUUUGCCGCUCUCGGUCUUCUCUGGCUGAAUGUGUGGGCAUUCCAAGUCACCAAUGAUCCAAACCAAAGCAAAUCCAUCUCAAGGGCGGAGCUGAGGUUGAUCCAAUCGGGCAAAUCUGAUUCUCCUGCCCUUAAUAAGGGCAGCCUCCCUCCCAUAAGGCUCCUCCUUUCUAAAAUGCCCACUUGGGCCAUAAUAUUUGCCAAUGUCACCAACAACUGGGGAUAUUUUGUUCUUCUUUCCUGGAUGCCAGUGUACUUCAAAACUGUUUUCAAUGUGAACUUGAAGCAAGCAGCCUGGUUUAGUGCUGUGCCAUGGGCAACAAUGGCAGUGUCAGGCUACGUUGCAGGGACACUCUCAGAUUUCUUAAUUAAAGCCGGAUACUCCAUAACGUUUGUCCGUAAAGUGAUGCAGUCUAUCGGCUUCAUCGGCCCCGGAGUGUCAUUGCUGUUCUUGAACUUUGCCAGGACACCUGAGGUUGCAGCCAUUGUGAUGACAGUUGCCUUAAGCUUUAGUUCAUUCAGCCAGGCUGGGUUUUUACUAAACAUGCAAGAUAUAGCACCUCAGUACGCAGGAUUUCUCCAUGGGAUUUCAAACUCAGCCGGAACAAUGGCUGCCAUAGUGAGUACGAUUGGGACAGGAUUUUUCGUCCAGUGGCUGGGUUCUUUCCAGUCGUUUUUGACGCUCACGGCAUGCCUUUACUUCAUCACAGCCAUCUUUUGGAACAUUUUUGCCACAGGGGAGAGAGUAUUUUAAGCAGAAGGCUUCUUUUCUUUAACACUAUGUGCAUCAACCAAAUGGUAGUAGUAGUGGCAUUUGUUUUAUCUAGUAAUAAUUGUGUAAGACAAAAUGUAUAUGGAAUAUUAUGGAGAGGAGCAACCCGAGGAAGUUGUAUAGUGUGAAUGGUAUAGAUACAUUUAACACUUACGCUAUGUUUGGCUCGAUGAUUUUAAAAAGAAAAAAGAAAUGCAAAUGGUAUGG